AUGGAUCCGGUUUUUAGGCGCACUCGCCUGACUGAAACGUGCAUCUUUUGGAUCCGCAACACUAUCGAAUUAAGAUAUGAGGCCCUCAAAUCAUCAAUACAAGAAGCGUCUCGAGAAGGGGAACAAGCUAGCCCGGAGGGUUCUACCUCUCACGGUACCUCAAGAGGAGAUACCAGUGCCCGUUCCGACUCCAAAACUAUUCGAAUGACUCCAUGGGUCUCUCAAGAUACCGCAAUGUCAGAGGCCGCCUUGGGUGCCACCAAUGCACCGGGGUCCAUUACGCUAUACAAAGGAAUGGAUAGGAGUCGCUUAACCAGACUGUACGAUAGCAACGGCCACUUGGAUGACGGCCGAGCAUUGUCGUCACGCCCGCCCACAGACUUCGAUGGCAGGGUUUCUGCUUUUUGCUUUGCUGUUGACCGGGACUUGGCGAUCGAAUAUGCUGCCUUUACCAAACGCCGUAGCGAUGGAAGCUCGCGAAGAGUGGAAAAGACUCGUCUGUUUCUCGAGGCAAAUGAAAAGACUUCCACCGGACCUGAAAAAGUUCAAGGAAGCGUCGUUGAUCAUUGGAAACGUCUCAGCGAGACCAAGUCUGGCCUAUGUCAACAUGGAAUGUCAUACAGAGAUUACCGAGAAGAUGGUUUUGCAGCCGGACGCAAUGCAGUUCAGUACGCCUUCCUGGAUGAUGAAGGGGAGGAGCUAUUUGAGAAAGCCGAGUUGAAGGUGUUUCCCAUCACCACUGCGGAAUUCAGUCGUUAG